UCUAAAGGAGGAGGGAGGAGGAUGGAUCAACGAAACGAUUCACCAGUCAAAAAAAAAAAAAUCAAUUGCAUCUCCAGAGACCACUCAAUUGAAAGGAGAAAGAUGAUUUGGUAGUACAUUGAGCAAUCCAAAAAGAAAAGUUUGAUCCUCCAAAACUGGACCCCUCUUAAAAGAUCUCAAACUCCAAAGCAGUAGGACAAUUGAUCUUUUUGAGAGGGUUUCAGUUUCUUCUUCUUCUCCAAUCUUGUUUCCUGGGUUUGUUUGUUUUUUGUUUUUUCCCGGGAAAGUUUUCAUUUUUAUUUUUAUUAUAAAUGUGGGGAGCGGCGGCAGAACCAGCAGAUUCUUAUUACCAGAUUCGCCCUGAGUGCACCGAUGUCCCCAAUACCAGAUUCAAGAUCAAACCUGGUAAAACUCUUAGUGUAAGGAAAUGGCAGGCUGCAUUUACACAGGAAGGGUUCCUCGAUAUUGGCAAGACUCUAAGUCGAAUCCAACGAGGGGGGAUCCAUCCAUCGAUUAGAGGAGAAGUGUGGGAGUUCUUACUUGGUUGUUAUGAUCCAAAGAGCACUUUUGAAGAAAGAGAGCAAAUCAGACAACGCAGAAGAUUGCAGUAUGCUUCUUGGAAGCAGGAAUGUAAACAAAUGUUUCCAGUCAUCGGAAGUGGUGGAUUCAUCACCGCACCUGUAAUUACUGAAAAGGGUCAACCCAUUCUUGAUCCUCUUGUACUACAAGAAACAAACUUAGGGGAGGAUUCUGAUUUCUUCAAAGAGCUUGAAAGCAGAGGACCUUUGGACAAGAAAGUUAUCCAAUGGAUGCUAACACUUCACCAGAUAGGUCUUGAUGUAAACCGCACUGAUAGGACAUUGGUGUUCUACGAGAAGAAGGAGAAUUCGUCUAAGCUUUGGGACAUUCUAGCUCUCUACGCUUGGAUAGACAAUGACGUUGGGUACUGCCAAGGAAUGAGUGAUCUUUGUUCUCCUAUGAUCAUGCUUCUUGAAGAUGAAGCUGAUGCUUUUUGGUGUUUUGAAAGAUUGAUGCGGAGAUUGAGAGGAAACUUCAGGAGCACGGGAAGAUCAGUUGGAGUUGAAGCACAGCUUACUCAUUUGUCUACAAUCACUCAGAUCAUCGACCCUAAACUUCACCAUCACUUAGAGAAUCUUGGUGGAGGUGACUAUCUCUUUGCGAUUCGAAUGAUAAUGGUUCAGUUCAGAAGAGAGUUCUCUUUCUGCGACUCCUUGUACCUUUGGGAGAUGAUGUGGGGAUUAGAGUAUGACCCGGAGAUGUAUUCACUGUACGAGGAGCCUGAGUUCGAGGGAGAGAGAACGGAAGGUUCAUCCAAAGGCAAACCCAAAUCGAUAAAACAAUGUGGCAAGUACGAGAGAGAGAACAUGAAGAACGGUGGAAAAAGCAACGCAGAAGGUCCUUUGCCUAUAUCGGUUUUCUUGGUGGCGAGUGUUUUGAAAGACAAGAGUUCUAAGCUUAUGACUGAAGCUCGAGGUCUUGAUGAUGUUGUUAAGAUCUUAAACGACAUAACCGGAAACUUGGAUGCUAAAAAGGCAUGUGCUGGUGCAAUGAAGCUACACAAGAAGUAUCUAAAAAAGCAGGCCAAGAAAUAGCACUGGAGAAGAGCCAUGAGUAGCGUUUUUUGUAUGUGUUUUUUUUUUACAUACUGUAUUUGAUAACUCGCAAAAUCUGGCGACGAAAAAAUUUCAGAGACUUGGGAGACAACUUCAAAAGAAAGAAAAAAAACAGAGUCCUACACGCAACAACUUUUCGUUGUACAGUGUUCAUACAAAUCCAUGUUGUAAUAUUUAAUUUUAACAAACUAUGAUUACCUCUUGGGUUCUAAACUACACGCAUACAAGUUUUCUACGAAACAGAACAUGCAUGCAAACAAGUACAGCAGACCAAAGCUAAGUGAGCUGCUUGUGCUAGGUAAAACCAAUAGAGGAUCGGAGAACAACGCACAUUAAACCGAAUAAACGUUUUUAUUGAGAAGAAACAAAGACACCAGAAAAGUUCAUAACAUAAAUAGUCACAAGUUUUUUAAAACACUCCCUUUAUUGCAACUCCUUCCACAUAAAGAAGUAUCAAGGGAAAUUUUCUUAGUUAAAAAAAAACUUGUCCUUAAGCAUCUACGGUUUCAGCUGAAUCAGCAGCUGCUAAGACAAGCUCCGGGCUUAGGUCUCCGACAUAGGAUCCAUCAAUAACAUUGGG